AUGUGCAAGUUGGAGAUGGAAUGUCAUUGUCUGGUACAUCUUUGGGAAAAUACUGUGGAACUACAAUUCCCGAAAACGUUCGUUCAAGUCACCGUAAUCGUUAUAUGUGGGUUCACUUCUACUCUGCCACGGAUUAUGCGGGUAGAAAACCACACAGAGGAUUCAAAGCCACCUUCAAGGCCGUAUCAAGUUCAGGUUGUCUACCUUUGUUUUAAAAAUUAGAGGUUGAAUUUGUUGUAGCACGUCUCAUGCACCGUCAACACGACUAUCUUUUCAACGCUACGUGGAAACGAUCCCUAGCUUCAGAUAACUCUGCUUGUUUGACUUUUGUUUCUCUUUUUUCUUUAGAGUCUCGUGCUUGGAUGACAGCCAUUAUUGUAACUGUCAUAGUGUUUGUUGCACUGAUAUUCCUUUCCGUUUGCUUGGCUGAACGAAUUAAAAGGCGAAACAGAGAGGUAGCGGAGAGGUUUCCAAUGGCUAUAGUAUCACGCCGUAUUCCGUCUGAACCUGUUGACACCACAAUCCCUCAAGUAAGUCGCGCUCCAGUUUCAACAAACGCAGAUAUACCACCCCAGAUUACCCAUACCCAUUAG